AAAAGAUUUACAGCACAGGGAAGUCUGAAGGCACACAUGAGAAUCCACACAGGAGAGAAACCAUUUGGUUGUGAUGUUUGUGGGAAAAGAUUCAAUCAACAGGGACAUCUGAAGACACAUAUGAUAGUCCACACAGGAGAGAAACCAUUUGGUUGUGAUGUUUGUGGGAAAAGAUUUACAGCACAGGGAAGUCUGAAGGCACACAUGAGAAUCCACACAGGAGAGAAACCAUGUGGUUGUGAUGUUUGUGGGAAGAGAUUUACAGAACAGGGAACGCUGAAGGCACACAUGAGAGUCCACACAGGAGAGAAACCAUUUAGUUGUGAUGUUUGUGGAAAAAGAUUUACAUCACAGGGAAGUGUGAAGACACACAUGAAAAUCCACACAGGAGAGAAACCAUUUGGUUGUGAUGUUUGUGGGAAAAGAUUUACAGCACAGGGAACGCUGAAGAAACACAUGAAAAUCCACACAGGAGAAAAACCAUUUAGUUGUGAUGUUUGUGGAAAAAGAUUUACAUGUCAGGGACAUCUGAAGACACACAUGAGACUCCACACAGAAGAAAAACCAUUUGGUUGUGAUGUUUGUGGGAAAAGAUUUACUGCACAGGGAAGUGUAAAGACACACAUGAGAUUCCACACAGGAGAAAAACCAUUUAGUUGUGAUGUUUGUGGGAAAAGAUUUACAGCACAUGGAAGUGUGAAGACACACAUGAGACUCCACACAGGAGAAAAACCAUUUAGUUGUGAUGUUUGUGGAAAAAGAUUUACAUGUCAGGGACAUCUGAAGACACACAUGAGAGUCCACACAGGAGAGAAACCAUUUGGUUGUGAUGUUUGUGGGAAAAGAUUAAGCCUGAAGCAAAAUCUGAAGAGUCACAUGAGAGUCCACACAGGAUAGAAUGUGUUUCUUCCAGUA